GGUUUGGUCAGUUGCCGGCUAACAGUUGUACUUGACGGUUCUCGACAAGGCCGUGGACAGUGUCGUCGGUGAAAAGAUAGUCAAACAAGAGACUUGUGAGAUUUGAACUCUUGUUUCAGAUACAGUUCGCCGGUAGCGCGAUAAAAAGUUCACUUUUCCGUUGGGUGCAGUUCACGCGACCGUUGCGCGACAAUUGCUAAUUAUUUCACACGACUCUGACGUCACGUCCGGCAUACAGAGGCGUUGGGUGGACAGUGGCCGGUUGCCGGUGACCGGUACUAGUGUGGUUGCGUAGUUAAAAAGAUAUUAUUCCGGUUCCGAGUCGGUGGAUUCGGUGUGACUUAAUGAAGAGCAAGAUCUCGAGGUUGGUGAAAACGUGAAAGGUGGCCGUAAAGAUUUGAAUGCGGUAUUUGUGAUGGAAAUUUGAUUAAAAUAUUUGACCAGCGUUUGAGGUGAUUUUGAAAUUGAAGUUGCAGCGUGGGAAAAAUUUGUGGUGUUCGGGGGCACUGAUAGGGUCAUUCAUUACUUAACUGGAUAAUUCGGACUUAGUACUAUCUGGAGGGGCGAGUUUUUGGUUUAUGCGGUUACACGAAGCGAUUCUAGGAGCAGCUGUACUUGUUUACGAGGUUUUACGCGGUCAUUUACUGGAUUCAUGUUUAUCAAAUGUGGAAACGGAUACAACAUAAAGGAUGAAAUAGCGACAUCGAGCAGUACUAAAUCAGAUAACACCAUAACAUGGUAAGCUGGUUCAGAAUCGUCUCCGAGAUAAUAAUAAACUUUCAGAAUUUGUAAUAAUAAUCGAACGAGACUUCGUUUGAAUAGUGGCAGAGUGCAUCCCCACAUUGGUGCCGUUCAAAUUACUCAUGUGGACAAUAUGUGAAUCUGGAGCUGCAACACCCAGAAAUACAAGUACCAGGACUUACUUUAACUUCACCGUCAGCUUACACCCACAGCAGCAGUAAUGCCAUAUCUUCGUGGUCGUAUUUCUGUCGAUUUUAUCAUCGUUUAAAACCCUUCAUGAUUUGCUGUUAUGACACUCGAUGACUCGAGGUGGAUAUAAAAUCGAAGCAGGAUUCGUUCUACUCCCGGAGUCAUAAAAGAGACAGUGCUUAAAUUUCAACGCUCUCGGAACCGUUUUUACCAAAGACCUAAAACGCAGUAGGUUUGCCACUUAGUAUAAUACAUACUCCAGGAAGUGUGGAUGCCGUCCUGUUUGAGGAAGACAUAUUCUGUAUGGUUUUCUAGUCCAGGGAGAACUAGGAUGCACUUGUGUGUUUAUAAAUUGUUAGCUUCACUUCGUUUAGCCUGAGCGUAUCUAUACUGUCGUGGCGAAUCUACAGAUGCUGCUAAGCCAAGCGAAAGAUGGUGGUGAUGUUGCAUGGAUAUCAUCAUUUAAAGAGCUGGAGUAUGGCAUAUAUUCUACCGUUCGGGCAAAAUCGGUGAUACAAAAGAAGCUGCCACUGCAACCACAACUUGUUUGAAAUCCUGCAAUAUAUGACGAAAAUGGUUUUGAAAAGUGAACAUGUAUGAAUGUUCAAGUGUGUCUAUGUGUGUAAAACGUAACACCCCGUCAGUGCACAAGUAGGAAAUAACGUGUGUAAACAAAUAACCCCUUUUGGUAAUUUUCCCACGUAUGCUUUUCAGUGUAGAGUUUCCGUAUUAUUGCAUGUGAAAAGUGUUCAAUGCAGAAAAAGUGCGAGAAAAAUAUAAAAAUUUCAGUGAAAUGCAAUAAAAGUUUCUAAAUUGUGUAUAGUUGGUUCGCGUGUCCAAAUUAAGUGUUAGUGAUAAAGCGCUAAUGUAAAAAAUUUACUUUUUUAACGUUAGAUAGUUUAGGUAGUGAUCGAAAUAAAGUUUGACAUCGAAACAAUCAUAAUGGAUUGCCUAUGCAGACCAUCGAGGAUUACAUCCGUCCGCAUUGUUCUUUUAGAUGAAACGGACUUUAUUUAUGAAAUUAAGGACGAUUUGCCGGGCCAGGCGCUUCUAGAUGUUGUCUUCAGUCGACUGAAUCUUAUAGAGACAGCGUACUUCGGUAUUCGAUAUGUCGACGAGGAAAAUCAAACGCACUGGUUGGAUCCAGCUUCCCGAAUUUCAAGGCAAUUGAAAAGCAAAGCGGAACCCUUUGAUCUUUACUUUGGAGUAAAGUUCUAUGCGGCGGAUCCAUGCAAGCUUCUAGAGGAAAUAACAAGGUAUCAAUUAUUUCUGCAAGUUAAACAAGAUGUGCUGCAGGGUAGACUUCCAGUUUCGUUUGAAUUGGCUGCUGAGUUGGGAGCGUUUGUUGUUCAGUCCGAACUUGGGGACUACGAUCCAAGACGCCAUACGAAUGGCUACGUAUCCGAAUUUCGAUUGGUAGCGAAUCAAACAUGUGAGCUGGAGACACGUGUCGCUGAGCUUCAUCAAUUGCUCAAAGGUAUGACACCGGCAACAGCGGAACUUAAUUACCUCGAUAAAGUGAAAUGGCACGACAUGUAUGGAGUCGAUCUGCAUCCAGUGCUGGGUGAAGACAGCGUGGAGUAUUUCCUUGGACUCACACCGAGCGGCAUUGUUGUUCUGCGCAACAAAACAACGGUAGCCCAUUACUAUUGGCCUCGAAUAGCAAAAGUUUACUUCAAAGGACGAUACUUCAUGUUGCGAGUUUGCGAUAAAAAUAAUGAACUAAGUACGUAUGGAUUCGAAACACCUCGGAAGUCAGCGUGUAAACAUCUUUGGCGUUGCUGUAUCGAACAUCAUGCAUUUUUCCGCUUGGUUCGUGUUGCGCCCCUUCAAUCGCAGGCAGGAGCAACUGAUUUGUUUGCGCUCGGAUCACGUUUCCGCUACAGUGGAAGAACAGAAAAGCAAGCCGUGAAGGAUGUAAUUGCAAUGGGCAGAACACCACCAAUGUUCACGCGAAUGCCAUCCAGGAGGCAACCGAGACGGGUGAUUGAUGACCUGACGGAAUGUAAGAUGACGGAGACCGGAAAGGCGCAGGAAAUUAAAACGAUUUCUAUACCGCAAUCCGCACAAAGCAACGAAAAUACAUUCCGCUCGACAUACAGUAUCCCCACAACAUUAGGAAUUCGUCCGUAUAAUACGAACCAAAGUAAUGGUAAUACACCAGAUUCGCCGCGCAGUACAAGGAGCGCACCAUGGCCAAGAUCACAGCAACGUAGUUUAUUUGGGAAUCCUUCGAGUCCCAGAUCAGUCCGAUCUGCUUCAACACGACUUAGUGCAAACGUUCCUGCAACUCAUCGAUAUCGUUCCAGUUCUGUAGAGAGUCAAUCGUCGAAUGAUUCGCGUUCCACAAGAAGACAUCGGCAUCGUAAUCGAAGAACUUCCGACAAUGAAAGUGAAUUAUCACGAGGAUCUGGUCGAUCAGGUCGAUCACAUCAUUCCCAUAGGAAGCAUCGUCGAUCACGACAUCGACGUGAUUCUGGUUCAGAAAAUGAUAGUACACGAGCUCGUAGCUACUCAGGUCAUAGGAUAUCCUCUGGUUCAACUGAAUUAAUCGACUCCACUCAUCAAUGGAAAGAGGUGCAAAGACGACAAGCGGACGGGUCGGUCCAAAGUAGUGUUCAACAAGCGUCCGUUACAAAGAGCAGUAUGCUUACGAAGAGCCACAGCCAUCAUAGUCAUAGCAACGAUAGUCACUCGGCCGAUGGCCAUUCGCAUCACAAGAGCCGACGGCAUAAGAAAAACAGAUCUCCUUCGGAUUCACGAAACAGAAUUUGGUCAAGCGAAUUGGCCAAGCAUCUUCAAUUUGAUCUCGUCGAUACGACUGGUAUGACAGAAGAUCAAUUGAGAGAGAUUCCUUAUACAGUAGUUGAAACGCACUCUUCGAAGCGAUCAGGAUCGGCAGGACUCAAAGUACAUAAAAGUAGUAGUAGCGGUGGAAGCCAAGGAAAAGAUCGUGUCGAUCGUAUUAGAGGUCUUUAUUUCCAGGGUAACAAUCAAACUGACAGUACAGGAACAAAAAAUGGAUCAAUCCGAUCUGCAAGCACCGUUUCAUCGCGGGAAUGUGAUCGAAAUUCUGGUCUAGUUAGGAUGAUGUCAAGCAUGAGCAUGGGUGAUUUUAUCUCGCCGUCAGGCUCUAGUCUGAGCCCACUGGAUAAUGCCGGCCUUAGAGUUUCGCAUGAACAUACUGAUUCUGGACUUGGUGCUGAUCAGGAUUAUGCAUAUUCAUCUGAAAGAUCUAGUGAUAGUACCCGCUAUGGUACCAACAAGUCAUCCGGUGCAUCAUCGGGAAGUCAUCACAAGUCCACCAAUUUCCCCGGUCCAGGAGGGCUUCACCAGCAGCAACAGCAACUUCAUCAUUCUAUACCAGAAUGCACGCCACCGAAUAGUACGGUGGUCAGUAAUGGCGAGCAGCCACAGCAUCAACAGCCUUAUUAUUACCAAUACCAGAGUCAAUUGAAGAAGCAACCGACAAGCGGGAAUGGUUCGCCAGCCAUUGGUCCUUUAGUGUUUCUAGAUCAGUCAGAACGCCAUAUUGGCAGUCCUGCUGCAUUGCCACCAUACCAACGUCCAAUGGCGGACUCGAAAAGCAAUAACCCCAGUAGUGAGGGAAUGCUUGGCGGGUCGAUGCCACAACAACACCAUCCAAACACAAACCGUAGCACUACUUCUACUGACAAUUGUACCCAAAAUAGAUCUUCCAGCUUAGAGUUAAUACUAACACCAAUAAUUCAAAGUAGUCGACGGGCACAAUAGUUGGAGAAAUGAGUACAGAACUAUAAAAACGAGUGCAAUUAUUUUACCCCAUAAAGAAUAUACGUAAAGAUUGUAACAGAAGAUUAUAUAGACACGAAAAGUUAUACACGCGGAUUAUCUAUUUAUACACUUUUAACUCUUCUAUAAGUUUAAAUCAGAUAUAAUUCCUGUGUAAUUCCAAAGUUUCAUUAGACAUUGUAAACUUAUCGUAACGUAUGUAAUUUAAUUCCUGCAAAGCUUUGUUCACGUCUAUCCUUACUUCGCGUUAUUUUAAAGUAAUUGAAAAGCAACAAUUUAAAAUCUUCAACAUUCCAAUAAAUCGUAAUGUGAUAAAUGUUUCUACCUAGUGACGACACGAAAUCAAACGAACAUACUACAAACAACUAUUUUAAAUAAAACAGGCGACGACCCAGACAUUUUUAAAGCAAUCAAUUUCUAAGGAAAUCAGGACGAAAUUAAAUUCAAAAGUUUCGAAUUAAAUUGUAUUUUUCCUUUUCAACAAUUAAUUAACAUUAAACACAUUUAGAUAUUAUGAAAUGAAUUUGGUAAUGCUUUUUCGGAAAAAACUCGAAGUCAUGGAUUUCCACUUAUGUAAAAAUCAAUGAAAACUUUUUCGGGAAAAGUCUGCACGUUUGACUAGACCGUUUUUAAGCCGAUCGGAGACUCUCUAGAUCAUUUAAAGCCUUUUUGCAUAAAAUAAUGUUUUUUAUAUUCUUACAUAAUUGAUAUCUUUUACGUUAGUCUUGCAUUUGAACUGUUUCAAUGUGUACAAGAUUUAUACCAAUGAAAUAUGAAAAGUAAAAACUGGAAAAUCGACUUACA